GUGUAUUUCAGGAAAGAGCCUACUUAAAACAUUGAGGUUUGAAUAUUCUCUUCGACCAUCGAAGAUUUGCUUGGUGUACUGGCGGGAAAUGGAUCCUAGUCGAUAUGGUCGUCAGCAAGAAUGGGAUAAUAACAGUGCUCCGGAGGGUUAUGGUACUCAGAAUGAUCCAAAUAAUCGGUUUGGCGCAUCAUAUGAUGAGAGAUAUCCUGAUGAAAGGUUGAUGCGGGAUGAUGUUUACAAUUAUCCACCUGGGCAUAAUACUCUGGGUGCCUUGCCUCAAUCUAGAAGGCGAAACUAUGAAGAAAAUUAUCCUCGUGAACAUCGUAGGCAAGAAAAGCCUUACAUCGAUUCAAAUUAUGCUGCUGACUAUUAUCACGAUAGUGAAGCUGGGAGUCAUAAUGGAUAUUACCGUGAUCAUGAACACGAAAGGUCGUCCCGAUAUGAUGGCCGCGAUGACUAUUCUUGUAACGAUAACAACUAUAGAUCUAGAAAUUACCAACAUAGCAGAGAUGAUGGUCGUGAAAAAGAUUAUGAUUAUUCUCGCCGGAGUUAUGAUUCUGAUUAUGAAAGAGGCAGUGUGAGAGAUGGCAGUCGAAAGAGCCGUGAUCCGCAGGAUAGAGAACGGAAUUCACGAGAUAGAGAAUGGGACUCACGUGAUAGGGAGUGGGACAAAAGAUGUUUCAGCCGCGAAAGAGAUGAGAGUCCUCAUAAGAGAUAUGAGAAAUCACGAUCUCGAUCUACCGGACGUGGUGAGUUCUCUAGAUCAAGAUCUCCUAGAGGUCGGAGCCAUGGGCGGAGUUACCGGGAGGACAGCUAUGAGGGGGAUCACUGGAAUGAAAGUGAGAGGCGAAGAGAAUAUGAAGAUAGACAUGACCAGGAGCAUUUUUCUGCUACCCCAUCCGCCACUGUUGUUGUGAAGGGUCUCUCGAUGAAAUCAACCGAAGAAGAUCUAUACCAGAUUCUGGCUGAAUGGGGUCCUUUGCAUCAUGUUCGUGUGAUUCGGGAGCAAAGUUCUGGGAUUUCUCGUGGAUUUGCUUUUAUUGAUUUCUCCACUGUGGAUGCGGCACGCACCAUGAUGGAUAGACUUGAGCAUGAUGGUAUAGUUUUGGAUGGAAGGAAGCUAAUUUUCAAUUACAGCCAACCUACUGGUAGGGCUGGUGUGUCCCGUAGGCAGGAACAUGCUUCUAGACGCAGUUAUGGUGGAAGUCGAAACAUGAUAGUUCCCACAGAUUGGAUCUGUACAAUCUGUGGCUGUAUCAAUUUUGCGCGGCGAACCUCUUGCUUUCAGUGUAAUGAACCAAAGACCAAGGAUUCUCCUUCAGCUGAUGUAGGUUUAUCAAACUCAGCACCAGGAAAACGAAUUUCUGAGACAGGUCCAACUCAUGUCCUGGUUGUACGUGGGUUGGAUGAAGAGGCUGAUGAGGAAAUGCUUCGGUAUGAAUUUUCCAAACAUGCUCCUAUCAAGGAUCUUCGUCUUGUGAGAGACAAAUUCACUCAUGUUUCACGAGGAUUUGCAUUCGUACAUUUCUGUUCGGUUGAGGAUGCUACUAAGGCACUUGAAGCAACAAACGGAACAGCUCUUGAAAGGAAUGGUAAAAUUCUUAGAGUUGCAUAUGCAAAGAGUGUUCAUGGUUCUGGAACUGGUAUAUCAGCACCCUCUCACUCCAACAACCUCGCUGCUGCUGCAAUUGAAGCAGCAACAUUUUCGCAACAGUAUGACGGUGUUGGAUGGGCUCCAAAGGAAUACAAUCCUGAUGAGAAACAAACCACUGGAUGGCAAGCCCAGGGUGUUGGGGAAAUUGAAUCCCAGAAAGGGACUUCUGCUCCACAGUCUGGCUAUGUGUGGGAUGAAGCAUCUGGUUAUUACUAUGAUGCGGCUUCUGGAUACUACUACGAUGGAAAUUCAGGUCUUUAUUAUGACAGCAAUAGUGGGCUUUGGUACUCGUAUGACCAGCAAACGCAACAAUACGUUCCUUUUCCUGAUCAGAACAAUGAGAGUAAAUUAACUGAAAACCAACCAGACUCUGCCAAGAAGGAGAAAUCCAGUCAACAAAAAGUUAUUAUAUCGGCGGCUACUACCCCUAAUGUAGAAAAAGCUCUGUCCUUACCAGAUGCGGUUCAGGCGGCUGCAGCAGCAGCAAUUGCAUCAGAGAAGAGAGAGAAAGAGAGAGUGAAGGAGAUAAAACUUGCGUCAAAGACUAGCCUACUGGCUAGCAAGAAAAAAAUGAAUAACGUUUUAACAAUGUGGAAGCAGCGGAGCCAUGAAACCCAAAUACAACGUCCCUCACCUUCACUUGUUGACAAUCCACCUACAGUUCUGGCUGAAGCGAGGUCGUCUUUCUCCACUGGACAAUCCAUGGGAAAACUGAAAUCUGAUGUAAUUAUUGCGAAGGAGAAGAGUAAUUCCAAUCAUGGAGUUUCUGCUCUGACAACUGCAGAAAGCUCGAGCAGCAGUACAACAGGAGGACCUUUGAUGGGGGUGAUGAGAGGUUCUUUUGGAGGAACUGUGGGAGGAGCUUCUUCUUCAGCUAGUGUACAAGUGCCGCCAGUUUUACCUUCUGCUUCUUCAGUUUCGGCUCCGGUUUCAGUUUCCGGGAGUGGGAGAAGAAGGUUCUCUGAAAAACCGACUGCAGUGCCUACUCACAGAGAACAGCCUCAGACAUCAUACCGGGACCGUGCUGCAGAAAGAAGAAACUUAUACGGCUCAUCAACUUCAAGUGGAAAUGAUGUUAUUGAUUCAAGUGAGGAUUUAAUGGGGUUGAGGAAAGGUUCAUUGGAUCCAACACCUUUUCCUCCAGGUGUGGGUGGACGUGGGAUUACAACAACCACUGAAGUCAGUAGUUUCGAUGUGAUUACAGAAGAGAGAGCAAUAGACGAGAGUAACGUGGGAAACAGAAUGCUGAGGAACAUGGGGUGGCAUGAAGGAUCGGGUUUGGGGAAAGACGGGAGCGGAAUGAAAGAACCGGUGCAAGCGCAAGGCGUUGAUAGGAGAGCAGGACUUGGGAGUCAGCAGAAGAAAGUUGAUGCUGAGUUUGAGGUUCAGCCUGGUGACACUUACAGAACUCUUCUUCAUAAGAAAGCACUUGCGAGGUUUCGUGACAUGUCUGACAAUAAUUGACUGUUUCUGAGUGUAAAGUCAGUUAGAAUUUUUUAUGUUCGGUUGUGUUUAAACUGUGAAAGUGAUUUUGAUUUUGUUCUUUCAAGUCUUUUGUUGAAUUAUUAUUAAUGAAAAGAGACGGACUAA